AUGAAGCUUGUGAGGUUUCUUAUGAAACUGUCCCAUGAGACUGUAACCAUAGAACUGAAAAAUGGGACUCAAGUUCAUGGAAGCAUUGCUGGAGUCGAUGUGUCUAUGAACACGCACUUGAGGUCCGUAACAUUAACGCUGAAGAAUCGGGAUGCACUACACCUAGACACAUUAACUGUCCGUGGAAAUAAUAUACGGUAUUUCAUCCUGCCAGAAAGUCUUCCCUUGGACACGCUUCUCAUUGACGAAGGGCCACCGAAAAGAAAACCUGGACGUGAAGAGCGUCCUGCCACUCGUGGCCGUAGUCGAGGUCUUAUUCGUGGGCGUGGAGGUCCUCGGAGUCGUGGUCGUGGUCGCGGUCCACCAAUGCGCUUCUAA